CUGAACAGGAAGCAGCAGCCUGCUCCCCUGGGGCUUCCAAGGCCUGUCUAGAGUUCCCCUUAGUCUCUGGAUCUUUGCAAAAAUCCCUGUACUCAUCUUAGCUAUCCAUCUGCAGCCCCCACGCCUGCAGUUGCAAUCAGAGGCACUCCCUGACCCAAAAAGGCAUGGCCAGACCUAGGCAUCUCCGGGGUCUGGGGAUGUGCAUUACUGCAGCGCUGGCCUCCUUCAUCGCGGGCUUUAUUGUCGGCUGGUUUAUGAAGCCUCUCAAAGAAACAACUACUUCAGCUGGUUAUCAUCAAAGUAUACAACAGAAACUCUUAUCUGAAAUGAAAGCUGAGAACAUUAGAUCAUUUCUUCGUUCCUUUACAAAACUUCCCCAUCUGGCAGGAACAGAACAAAAUUUACUGCUUGCCAAGAAAAUCCAAACACAGUGGAAGAAAUUUGGAUUAGAUUCAGCCAACCUGGUUCAUUAUGAUGUUCUCUUGUCUUACCCAAAUGAGACGAAUGCAAACUAUAUAUCCAUUGUGGAUGAACAUGGAACUGAGAUUUUUAAAACAUCAUACCUUGAACCACCACCAGAUGGAUAUGAGAAUGUUACAAACAUCGUACCACCAUAUAACGCAUUUUCAGCCCGUGGUAUGCCAGAGGGAGAGCUUGUGUACGUCAACUAUGCCAGAACUGAGGACUUCUUCAAACUAGAAAGAGAGAUGAACAUCAACUGCACUGGCAAGAUUGUUAUUGCAAGAUAUGGGAAAAUCUUUAGAGGAAACAAAGUCAAAAAUGCCAUGCUAGCUGGAGCCAUGGGAAUCAUUCUAUACUCUGAUCCAGCUGACUACUUUGCCCCUGAUGUACAGCCAUAUCCCAAAGGAUGGAACCUUCCUGGAGCUGCAGCCCAGAGAGGAAAUGUUUUAAAUCUGAACGGGGCCGGUGACCCACUCACUCCAGGCUAUCCAGCUAAAGAAUACACCUUCAGACUUCCUGUUGAAGAAGGAGUGGGGAUUCCAAACAUAGCUGUACAUCCAAUUGGAUAUAAUGAUGCAGAGAGACUAUUACGCAACUUGGGAGGAACUGCUCCACCAGACAAAAGCUGGAAGGGAAGUCUAAAUGUUAGUUACAAUAUCGGGCCUGGCUUUACAGGAAGUGAAUAUUCCAGGAAAGUUAGAAUGCAUGUUAAUAACAUUAACAAAAUCACAAGAAUUUACAAUGUAAUUGGAACUAUCAGAGGGUCUACAGAGCCUGACAGGUAUGUCAUUCUCGGAGGUCACCGUGACUCCUGGGUGUUUGGAGGGAUUGACCCUACCACUGGGACAGCAGUUUUGCAAGAGAUUGCACAAAGUUUUGGGAAACUGGUGAAUGGAGGCUGGAGACCUAGGAGAACUAUCAUUUUUGCCAGCUGGGAUGCAGAGGAAUUUGGGCUGCUGGGUUCAACUGAAUGGGCUGAAGAGAAUGCAAAGAUCCUACAGGAGAGAAGCAUUGCUUACGUCAACUCAGAUUCAGCUAUAGAAGGUAAUUACACUCUCCGAGUCGACUGUACGCCUCUUCUCCACCAGCUGGUGUAUAAAGUGGCAAGAGAGAUCUCCAGUCCUGAUGAUGGUUUUGAAGGUAAAUCACUUUAUGAAAGCUGGCUGGAAAAAGACCCUUCACCUGAAAAUAAAGAAUGUCCUAGAAUCAAUAAGCUGGGAUCUGGGAGUGAUUUUGAGGCUUACUUUCAAAGACUUGGAAUUGCUUCAGGCAGAGCUCGCUACACUAAGAACAAGAAAACAGAUAAAUACAGUAGCUAUCCUGUAUACCAUACCAUCUAUGAGACGUUUGAAUUAGUACAGAACUUUUAUGACCCCACAUUUAAAAAGCACCUUUCUGUGGCUCAGUUACGAGGAGCAUUGGUUUAUGAGCUUGCAGACUCUGUAGUCAUUCCUUUCAACAUUCCAGACUAUGCAAAAGCCUUGAAAAACUAUGCAGAAAGUAUCUUCAACUUAUCCAAGAAACAUGAUCAGCAACUGAGAAACUAUGGAGUGUCAUUUGAUCCCUUAUUUUCUGCUGUGAAAAACUUUUCAGAGGCUGCUUCAGACUUUCACAGAAGACUUACACAAGUUGAUCUUAAUAAUCCUAUUGCAGUAAGAAUUAUGAAUGACCAGCAGAUGCUUCUUGAAAGAGCAUUCAUAGAUCCUCUUGGUUUACCUGGGAGGCAGUUCUACCGGCACAUCAUCUUUGCUCCAAGCAGCCACAACAAAUAUGCCGGAGAAUCAUUCCCUGGGAUUUAUGAUGCCAUGUUUGAUAUUGAAAAUAAGGCAGACCCUCACUCGGCCUGGGCAGAAGUGAAGAAACACAUUUCUAUUGCAGCUUUCACAAUUCAAGCAGCAGCAGGGACACUGACAGAUGUGUUAUAGGAAGGUUUCUGUCAAGUAGCUUCAUCACUAUAAAAGUAUUGCUUAGUGUCUGAGAGUGAAACUGUUGGAGAGUGGGUCUUGGCCAAAUGGAUUCCCUGCUAAAGGUGCUGAGAAUCUGAAGAAAAAAAAAGCGCCUUUUUCUUUUACAAUUUACGAAGCCAGACAAUCCUAAAACUGUGAUUGUCAUGACAUGUUUUGUCCUUCUACCUUAUUUAUCUGUAAAGAGGGUUUUUUAACUCUUAUAUGCAUAUCCAGUAAAAGUAAAACAGGAAGCAAACCCAAAGCUCAUAGGCAGAUGAUUGGACUCACUGUGGUAUAUAUAUAUAUAUACAUGCAUGCAUUCUCAUAUCAAGUAAGCUUGGUUCUUUACUUCACCAAAUAAUUGAAAAUAAAGUUAUUUAAUUUAC